CUUUCUGCAGAAGCCAAAGCAGCAUUACUUGAAUUUGAAGAGCGAGAAAGACAACUAAAACAAGGACGGUAUGGCUCCCGAAGAGGAGGAAGACGAGGAGGGUCAUUAAUGUGUCGGCUGGGAGAACAAAGAAGAGACAGCAAUGAAAGGGGAAGAAUUGAGGAUCACAGGCCUGCUUUACUGCCAACUCAGACAGCUGUUAUGACACAUUCAGAAAGAAUAUUUCGUCAUCAGCAACCCAUUAGGAAUCUUUUCCGGCAGCAGCAGCAACAACAACCACAGCAGCAGCAGCAGCAACAGCCACAAGGUCUGCUUCCUGUCCCCACUCAGCAUCAUACACCACCCCCUCCCUCUCAAGGAAUUCAUAUGCCAUCCAAAGUAGAAACCCCAAGGAUACUGAUGACUCCUCCUUCAGUGGCAUCCCAGCAGCCAAAAAACAUACACAUAAAUCCACACUUCAAAGGAACUGUAGUAACACCUGUUCAAG